CGCGGCACUGGAAAGGUCUGUGCGUCCUUCAUGCGCAUCUCAGCCUUACAGCAGGACCCACCUGGAAUAACAUUUCCAGUUAAUUCAUUUGAUUAAUUUGACCUCAUAGUUGAAGUGCUGGGAGUUGAAAGAAACGUGAAUCAUCCUAAAAUGAUUUUGCUGAUCCGGUGAAUGCUCAGAUGAGGUCAGUAUAUAGGAGGGGUGCAGACGGUCGCCAUCAGUGUCUCUCUUUAACAGCGCUCAAGGAGAAAGCCUCAGUUCGUCUGCACUGUAAUAGUGGAGAAUGGCGUUUUCAAACCGACUAUCUUCACCUGUCAUGCCUCGUCUCUGAAUGCGGUUGUGUGUGUAUUUGUGGCGUAAGGGAGGGGUCCAGUGGGAUGGAGCAGAGUUUCAUGCAGUCCGCGAUGGCAAUGGGUGCACAGUCCAAGAAAGGCUUCUCCAGGAGCAUCGCCGUGGAGAGAAAAAACCUCAUCACGGUUUGUAGGUUUUCAGUGAAGACACUGCUAGAGAAGUACACAGCAGAGCCCAUCGAUGACUCGUCUGAGGAGUUCAUUAACUUUGCUGCUAUUCUGGAACACAUCCUCAGCCACCGCUUUAAAGGCUCUGGCAGCUGGUUUGAUGGUCAGCGCAGUUUUUGGGACUUCAUCCGUCUGGCCUGCAGUAAAGUGCUCAAUAACUGCAUAAGCAGCAUUGAGAACAUGGAGAACAUCAACUCCUCACGAGCAAAGGGCAGAGCAUGGCUACGGGUUGCACUGAUGGAGAAACGGCUAUCUGAAUACAUCGCCACAGCUUUGCGAGAUAGCCGCACCACCAGGCGGUUCUACGAUGAAGGUGCCAUAAUGUUGCGAGAAGAAGCAACUGUUUUGACCGGAAUGCUCAUCGGACUUGGAGCAAUUGACUUCAGUUUCUGUUUGAAAGGGGAGGCUCUGGAUGGGAAGUCUGAGGCUGUUAUUGACUACACUCCUUAUCUGAAAUUUACACAAAGUUAUGAUUACCUUAGUGACGAUGAGGACGGUCAGAGCGUGGACAGCAGUAACAGUGAUGACAGUAUUGAGCAUCCGUACAUCCCUCUGAUCACUGAUGAGGAGAGCUGGAGGAACAAGUGCCGCAAGAUGGAGCAGAGGUUCAAGAUCGUCAAUGCGCAAAAGGGGUACCUUGAGGAGCUGGUAAGGUUGCGGGAAUCUCAGCUGAAGAAUGUGGAGUUGGAGAAUAAGAAACUAACAGCUGGACUAGAAGAACUGCAGCUGCAGAGCCAGAAAGAGAAGAGAGAACUGGAGAACAUCAUUCUGGAGCUGCAGGAACAACUGACAAGUCUGAUUCCAGGCGAAUCACAUCCACUCUCUAAGGAUUUGCCAAUCCCUCUUGUUAACCAAUGGCCAUCACUCCAAAACUACAACAACCAGGAGGACAGGAAACUGUACUACAGGGGUAGUUUCCCCAGCCCGGAGCCACAUAUAAGCCUAACCACAGAUUCUCAGAGGAUGGAAACGAACCAGAAUGGAAAAGCCUGGUGCACAGCAGAAAAAGACUACACUCCCUCUAUGUUAGGUCUGUGUGGUUCUCUGUCCUCUUUACCCAGCUGUAAGUCCCUGCCAAGCCUGAGGUCAACAGAGUGCCUGGUAAACAUCAGCGCAGAGCCCAGUCCUGCUCUAACCCCCAGCUAGGGACCACCAAGUGAGACCAAGCAGAGAAAAACUGCACAGUCAGCUAAGACAUCCAAAGAUACUAUGGCUCGGCUACAGCCUGUGUAAUACCUGUUACACUAAUUCUCAUGAAAGUAUCAUUGAUAAGAUAUAGCUAGACCUCUGUAGUUAUGACAAGAGGUAUUUUCUCACAGAUUUACCGUCAGAGCUUUUCAGAUGCAGAUAUCUCUGAAUGUCUUUGCUGUUCAAACCUUUCUCCUGACUUGUUGUGAUAUCCAGUGAAGGUAUGCACUGACAGACUUCACAAAACUGACAAGUUUUCACUACAACUUCAUGUGUCAAAGCCCAACACAGCUUUCCCACAUUCUGUUGCCCUUUAAAAUCUCUUAUGGGAACAUGCAUACUUACAGAACACAUAUAAACAAAACCGGUCAGACACAUACAGCCAGAAAUUAACCAUGAAAAUGUGUGAAAGAAAGCAUAUUAUAGUUACAAUAAUUAGUAUUUUGACAUUAUCAUCACUUGUUUUUUUAAUUCUCACAUUUCAAUCAUCUAAACAUCCCUCCUCUGCCAAACAUCAUGCAAGAACUAAAAAGAUGUGUAUGUCUUUAAGUCUGCUGUACAAUUACAGUGGUAAUAAAAUGAAAGACAUUUCUGGAAUAGCUGCCUUAUUCCUCUUUUCUUGCCUCUUGAAGUAAGUUUGAAGAUGGGAUCACUCUGCACAUGAUGGCAGUAUAAUAUUGCUGAAUGACUGACAGUGAGUGAAGUAAACAAAUGGGCCAGUGUAUAUCUGCAUACUGUGGUAUUGUACUGUAUGUUUGACAUCUAUUUGGCAUCUGUUGUUGCAUCAUUACAAUAUGUCUGCAAUGUGUGGGCCACUGUCAUUUUCAGUAUAUUAGCAGCAGAUUUGAAACCUUGCAUUGAUUUUAAUCGCAUUGGCAUCAUAUAAAACUGAUAAGCUAGAUUUCCUCCCUCCAUUGUCAGUGUAAUUGAAAGUCUACUUGUUUGAGAAUGUGUGUGUUGUGUUAGACAUCUCUUCACCCUCAGUUAGCGUUAAAUUAGUUUAAUUCAUUGCACAUUUUUUCUUUGUUUGUAAAGCCAUUGGAAACUAUGCUGUUUGUCACUUAAAAUCGCAAUAAAACUGCCUUUUUUGUCCUAA